AACAAAAAUUAUGCUGUUGAAAGGGAAACCUUAUAGAAAACAUAUUAUUUUAGCUGAUGUUAAUAUUCCAUACAAAUUUUCUAUAGACAGGAACAAGAAUAAAUUAUUUUUUUGUAUAAAUGCUGAUGAGUUUUCCGACCAAAGUUUUCAGUCUGUUGUUGUAGAUUUAAAUUCAGGAUUGGUCAAGAUUGUGCCUAAUAUACGUAACGGAUUCGCGAGUGCUGUUGAUCAGAAUACUGGAACAGUAUACCUUGGUGGUAGCGAUGGAAUAUAUCAGUAUAACUAUACAACCCAGGAAAUUGUCAGACCAGCCAUUGUAAACGGAGUCGAUGUAUUCGAUAUGCAUUUCAAAGAUUACUUAUACUUUGUAGAAACAACUAAUCUUGAUCUAUAUGUGCUAAAAAAUAACAAAAAAACAAUUGUUUAUAACGUUGAAGAAUACGGAAUUUAUCAUUUUGCGGUAGAUAGCGACGAUAACGCAAUACUGGCAAAUCCAAAUGGUAUUUUCUUUCUAUCUAAGAAAGCUAAAUCACCGACAAUGUUUAGUGAUAGUAUUAGAAACAUUCGCGGAGUCACAACAGAUACGGAAGGGAAACCCUAUUUGAUAGCCAAGAAUGGAAUUUAUGUAAUAGAUCAGAAGAACUUACAACUAAUUAAAAUUUUGUCAUUAACUGAUGGUUAUGGACUUGCAUUCGAUAAAAAUAAUAAUAUAGUGUACAGUGACCAAAGGUCCGUGAUAAAAUUAAUUCCAUGUAAUUAAUGCCUUGUAGUGAAAACAUAUAAAAAUAGAAAAAUAUUAACCUUUUUUUCUUUUUUCUUUUUAAGGACAAUGUUUUUUAUUUUUUUUAGGGUUUUCGUUACUCUGUUUUUUAUUUUAGAAACA